UUGAAGGUUGGCUGAGACUCACUGACUCACUGAGAUGCUGAAGAUGAUGAUGCGGAAUAUAGCUGCUUCUUCUUCUUCUUAUUGCACCAGCAGGAGAUGGAGAGGUAUGCCUUGUCUUCACUCUAACUCCACUCUUGUUGUUUUCGCCAACGAUUACUUUGCUUUCCUUCACUCUCAACCUCAUAAACCAAUCAAAUCUACAAGAACCAAACUAGAGCAGCCAGUGAGAAACUCACCCAAAAUCACAACUGUUGAGGAUGCUUUCAAUGUGUUUGAUAGAAUGCUUCAAAUGCGUCCUCCGCCUUCAGUUGUUCGUUUCAAUCAAAUAUUGGGUCAAGUUGCGAAAUUAAAACAUUAUUCGGCCGUCAUCUCCUUGUAUUACCAAAUGGAUGUGUCGGGAAUUGGACCUGAUGUUUAUACUCUAAACAUUCUCAUAAAUUGUUGUUGUCAUCUAAACAGGUUUAGUUUAUCUGUAUUGGGAAAAUUCUUCAAACUUGGUCUUGAACCUGAUGUCUUUACCUUCACCACUCUAAUAAAUGGCUUUCUUCUCGAGAAUAAAGUGGCGGAGGCGGCAGGAAUUUUCAACAAAAUGAUUGCGGGAGGUAAUUGUCAGCCUGAUGUGGUUACUUAUGGCACACUAGUAAAGGGCUUUUGCAUGAAAGGUAACAACAGUGCUGCUAUUCAGUUGCUUAGGAAGAUGGAGGAAGGAGCUUGCAAGCCUGACCUAGUUGUCUAUAGCACAAUCAUCGACAGUCUUUGUAAGGAUACACUAGUUGACGAUGCGUUAAACCUCUUCUCAGAAAUGAUGAACAAGGGUAUUGCCCCAGAUGUCAUUACCUAUAACUCUUUGAUGAAUGGAGUUUGCAAAUUAGGCGAGUGGAAAGAAGCUACAAGGUUGUUGAAUGAAAUGGCGAGUAGAAAUAUAUUUCCAGAUGUGUUCACGUUCAGCAUCUUGGUAGACACAAUUUGUAAGGAGGGAAUGGUCGUGGAAGCAGAAGGCGUGGUUGAGAUGAUGAUUCAAAGAGAUAUUGAUCCUGAUUCGGUUACAUACAAUUCACUAAUGGAUGGUUACUGUUUGCGAGGAAGAAUGGACAAAGCGAAAAAGGUUUUUGAACUAAUGCUUAGCAAGGGCUCGAUGGUUAAUGUUGUUAGUUACAGCACAUUGAUAAAUGGAUAUUGUAAGCAUAAAAAGAUUGAUGAGGCCAUGAUGCUUUUUCUGGAUAUGUCUCAUAAGGGGCUAGUUGCAGAUACCGUUACUUAUACCACUCUUAUGGACGGUUUUUGCAAAGUGGGUAGAAUAGAUGAUGCACAAAAGUUGUUCUCUAAGAUGCAAGCUUGUGGCCAGCUUCCAGAUGCUCAAACUUAUUCUAUUUUACUUGAUGGCCUGUGUAAAAACCGACAACUUUCUAGGGCAAUGCAAUUGUUUGGAGAGAUGGAAGCUAAGAAGUUGGAUAUUAAUAUUGUGAUUUACAAUAUUCUUACUGAAGGUUUGUGCAUAGCUGGAAAAAUUGAAUCUGCAAGGGAUAUCUUUUGUGGUUUAUUAUCAAAAGGACUUGAACCUAAUGUGAGGACAUACAAUAUAAUGAUUAGUGGACUCUGUUUCGCAGGCCUAACAAGUGAAGCAGAAAAUUUGCUUAUCCAAAUGGAAGAGAAAGGCUGUUCUCCUGAUGGUUGGACCUAUAACACAAUUAUCCGAGGGUUCAUCCAUAAUAAACAGACAUCAAGGGCAAUGGUACUUAUUCAAACAAUGGUAGAGAAGGGUUUUUCUGCAGAUGCAUCAACAAUGGAGUUGAUAGUUAAUUUACUGUCGAAAGAUGAAGUAGAUCCUGCUUUGUUGGCGUUGAUAAAAAAAUCACUGUGAAAUUAAUGUGCAUUUGUGGACAAUGAAAUUUGGAACUGCUGCACCUACAACGGCCAUAAAGAUGGCAAUUUUGCUUGGGAUUGGAAGUCAUCAUUUCCUUUCUCAUUCGUGACAACGGACUACUGAAGUGACUGAAUAUGCUCAUCUCCAAUACAAAAGACCUUUAGUCCCUCUCAGCGCAUGAAAAUCCGAUACUUUCUAAAUGCUACACUUGAGUUUAGCUGCACUGCACGCUUGGUUUUCUCGUUUAGUUGGCCAACCCCUGGUCCUUAUGAAACAUGAGGCCAUUGUCCAACACAUGCUCAUGCUUUCUAGAUAUUAACAGAUAUCAGGUUGAUGUGGUAUUUUCUCAGUGUGUUUCAUGUCUCUUCAUAUCCGGCUGCACAUAAAAAUGUAUACAUAGCAAACGUUUGUUGUUAGGCUUUGACAAGUAUAACCUUGGAAUUGUUCUUGUUUAUGUUCUGUGUGUCUGGCCAAAAUAGACUACUUUGGCGAGCAUUUAUGAUACAUGACAAUUGAAUCUUUGGAUAUAA